AUGGCUGUUGCAGAGUUCACUUUAUCCAAUUUGACCGUAUCACAUGUUGUUUCCGAAUCAACUACUAUCAGCGAGAUGAUUAGUGUGGUGAAACAAUACUGGCCUUAUGUCCGUGAAGAUCUCAUACUUUUUGGUUACAUUGUAGAUGGAUUUUCACAUGUGAUUAAUCGCGAUUUGGAGUUGAGGUUUUUCAUUCACUACUGCAUCUCCAAAAGGAUUGGUGUGUUGAAGUUUAACAUCCAGUUUAUGAUUUGCAUUGAUUAUGUUACUCCUUCUUCUUCUGUUGUUCCUUCUUCAUUAUCAUCAAGUUGUGUCUCAAACAACGAGGUGGUUGUUGUAGAAGAUUUGACGGAUGAUUCAUCUUUGAUCAAAAGGGUCCCCAAGAAAUCAGAUGCUUGUGCCAACAUCUUAACUGGAGUAGGGAAGGUUUUUGAAAGUAAAAAUGAUUUUCGUGAUACUGUUAAGAAGUAUGAAUUUCAGACUGGUUACAAAACUAAGUUACGUAAGAGUGACAAGACACGUUACACCGUGGAGUGUAAGAAUAAGAAAAGUAAAAAUUGUAGCUGGAGGUUUCAUGCAUCUCUCGUUGCCAAUACUAAAGGUGUGUUUCAGUGCAAGAAGUUUCGCAGAGAGCAUUCAUGUGAUUUAGCUUCUUCUGAUCCCGCAAAAGUCAAGAUGAUGAAGUCUUUUAUGAUGGAUAUCUUAAUAGAUGAAUUUCGAGCAUUAAAGAAGAAGAAGACUGCAGCUGAUGUCAUAGAUAUGCUCCAUAUGGAAUAUGAGGUUUUUGUUGCUUUCGAAGCUUCUAUUACUGGUUUCAAUAAUUACUGUCGUCCGAUGUUGUUUAUUGAUCGUACUUUUCUCACUGGGAAGUUUAAAGGCGGUCUUAUGGUUGCUUGCGGAAAAACUGGUAACCAAGAGAUCUAUCCAGUUGCAUUUGGAAUUGUUCCUUGUGAAAAUUGUGAGAGUUGGGAAUGGUUAUUAACCAAUUUGAAGGACCGUGGAGCUGGCCUUUUGAAGAAUGUCCCUGUGAUCUUCCCAAAGGCUUACCAUUCAUACUAUUUGUACCACAUGAAAGGGAAUAUUCCGGUUCCAAAGGUCAAGGGUAGGCAAACUGCUGUGAAUUUCUUUGAAGAGUGCUACACUGCGUUAACAAAGGAGAAGUUUUAUGUUGCUGCCAAGAGUAUGAGCAAUCUGAAACGAGAUUCAAUUAUUGAUUGGAUGGUAAAGAUUUCAUUCCAGAACUGGGCUGCUCAUGCAUUUCUAGGAGAAAGAUUUGGUGAGAACACAUCAAACAUUGUUGAGAGUUUAACAGUGUGA